AUGGGAAACACGCAUAGUAAGCGUGCCAUGUCAGAAAAUAUGAAAGACGUUUCGAUGGUGGACGUCAGCAGCGCCGAAGACGAGGAUAAAAAGGGCUCUCAAAGAGCUAUAGUACAAAGUUUCUCCAAGUUAGACAUAGGGGACCAUAGCUCCUCCGGAGCCCCACUAAUGCGCAGACGAUCUACGCUGAUCUUCGAUGACGAGGAUGAGUCACCGAGACAUGAGGAGAAUGUUGGCGACCAGGCAGAUCUCAAUGAGUUUGGGGGACCCUCGUCGGAAUCAUCGUCCUCCGCUUCUGUCUUCCACCAGCGGCAGCAGCAGACACCACCUGCACAAGAAAGCGAGCCGCCAGCGGCUGAAGCUCCAAGGGUUAUGGUGCCUGUUGAAAUUACGUGGCAGCAGGGCGGAAGUAAGGUCUACGUAACCGGUUCGUUCACUGGCUGGCGGAAAAUGAUUGGUCUUGUGCCAGUAGCAGACCAGCCCGGAGUUUUCCACAUCAAAUUGCAACUUCCACCAGGAACUCAUCGGUUCCGUUUCAUUGUGGAUAAUGAGCUGAGAUUCAGUGACUAUCUGGCCACAGCUACGGACCAAAUGGGAAAUUUUGUGAACUACCUUGAGAUUUCUCCGCAAGACUCACAACAGCAGCUGCAGUUACAGCAGCAACAGCAACAGCAACAGCAACAGCAACCGCAACAGCUGCAACCUCUGCAACAGCCUCAGCAGCCGCAACCUCAAGAGCAGCCGCAACACCCCGCUAAUUACCCGCCCCGCUCACGGCGCGCGGAAGCAGCGGCAGAACCUCUCAGUGCUCGUUCUAAGCUAGCCCUUCAAAUCGAAGAAGAGCCCGAUGAUAUGGGCGAUGGAUACAGUAGAUUCCAUGGCGGUGCCGAAGCUACCCCUGCCUAUAGCUACACGACUGACAUCCCAGCUGUUUUCACAGAUUCUUCAGUAAUGGAGCAGUAUUACCUGACGCUUGAUCAACAACAGAACAACCAACAGAGCAUGGCCUGGUUGACUCCUCCACAGCUUCCUCCGCAUCUGGAAAACGUCAUCCUCAACAAUUACUCGAAUUCUUCUGAUCCUGGAGGUUCAGGGAGCGAAAAUAACUCCGGCGCGCUGCCUAUCCCCAAUCACGUUGUUCUAAAUCAUUUGGCCACCAGUAGUAUAAAACACAACACUUUAUGCGUGGCCAGCAUUGUCAGGUACAAGCGCAAGUAUGCUACUCAAAUACUGUACUCUCCCCUGCAGUAA